AUGAAUCGUUCACCAGGAAACUUGCUUACCUGUUUUUUAAAUUUUUCAAAUGAAGUCAUUUAUGAAAUAUUCGAAUAUCUCGAUUUUUAUGAUAUUGAUCAAACUUUUUUAAAACUUAAUAUUCGAUAUCAUAGUCUUAUUAAUAAUCCAAUAUUUUAUAUUAAAAUAAAUAUCUCAUCAAUGUCUAAAAACGCUUUUGAAUCUUAUUGUAAACAUAUUCUUAUUCCUUAUCAAAAUCGUAUCCAUUCAAUCAAUUUAGCAAAUUUAUUUAGUUUUUAUUUAUUAUCGUCACCAUUUCGUACUCUAUCACGAUUUCCUCGACUUGAAAUACUUGUUCUUUAA